AUGAGCAAGGUGCUUUACUGCUAUUCAUUGAUCAAUGUUUUAGCCUCAACUUUAGUCUUAAGCGUAGUAUUGUUAAGAAGUAGUUGUGUAAGUGCCGAAGAAUCUAAGUCCAGUAGCAAUAAUGACGCCACACCCACGCCAAUCGCCGAGAGCAGUAAUAGCAGUCAAGUGUUGAACAAAACAGACACUCGCGAGAAGCGCAUGUUGAAUGUCGGACCGAAUUUCCAUCCUAAAUUUUACUCAAAUGUGCCAAAAGCUCCGCAGCCAGCAGCCCAACGACGCAGCAGCGAUUCCGCAGGUGCUUACCCGUUUAAUAGUUUCAACCAGCAUAGUGCCAAUAGUUAUUACGGGCACGGGCCUCAAUACCUUGAAGCUCCGGAGCCAAUUAUCGAGAUUAUCAUAAAAGAUAGUAACGACACUCUCCCCUAUGCCGCGCCCUUGAUCUCUUCUCCGAAGAAAAAGAAAAAGGAGGAGGUUCAAGUGUACUACGUUAAAUACAAACAUGACCAACAUCAUGGUUUACAAGUAGAUGUUCCUGUGCCUGCCAUAGCGCCUGCCGUCCCGGGCGAAAGUCACGAAGAAACGGUCGACGAGCAACCCGAGAUUGUCACGCUGCCACCCUUGAAGCCAACAACGAUCCGUGCAAUCAUCCAUCCGGAGUCGGAAAAGUUCCAUGCUCACGGAAAUGUUCGUGUGAGUUUCGGAGCACCGCCAUCUAGCGUCAGCGGAAGUUCAAGUUAUCAGCAGCGACACGAGAACCAUGCGCGUCAAAUCACGGAAUACAACAAUGAGGAAAGUGCCUUGCAACCUGUCGUUGCACAUCCCAAUAGCCCGAACAGUGUGCCGCUUGAUGAAGCUCAAUACUCGAAACAUGACCAAUAUUUCGAUAUUCAAGGAAGAAUCGUGAACAACUUCAACCAUGUGAAUCAAGUUCAACCUCCGCAGAAACCAGCUGUCAACUUCAAUGUUAAUCAAGUUUUGCCGCCGCAAAAACCUGCAGUUAACUUCCAUCCUCAACCGGGACAGCAGCAGCAAGGGCAUUUCAGUCAAGGACCUGCGAGACCUCAAUUCAACCAACAAACCCCAUCAACUUCAUUCAAUCCUCCGCCGCCAACUCAAAAUCAACAGCAUUUCCAUUUCCAUCAACAAGCUCGACCCCAGCAGCAGCAGCAACAAUUCUUCAAUGGGCAACGUGGGCAAUUCCCGCCGCAUCAACUUCAAGUACCAACCAAACAAGCUCAGAGAUUCAAUGUUCAACAAAAAUUCCAAUUUCAACAAAAACCACAAAACUUCCAAACGCAUCAACCUCGUCCUAUUCCCAUCCCAUUGCAUCAAGUUCAAAACGGAAAUCAGCAAUUCACGAACACGAGAUUCACUCAGCAACAGCAAUUCCAACAAACUUCAUUCCAAUCUCAACCUCAAACUCAACCACAGCAGCAGCAGCAAUCUCAACCUCAAGUUCCAUCAACUCGACCAACUGAAGCUCGUCCUUUAACUCCUGUGAGAUCCGAGAAUGUUCAUACCUUCCAUACUGAACAGUUCAUUCAAAACAAUCCUCAAAAUGCGCAAACAUCUUCAGUGCAUCAAGGGCUCGUUCAACAACAAGCUCCAAACUUGGCACAACAAAAUCCUCAAUUCCGUGAACAUUUGCAGCAUUUACAAUAUGUCUUGCCCGCUGGAGGUGAACUUGUUCAAUCAAUUCCAUCCUAUGAACAACACAUCACUGAAACCAUUCAAAAUCCUCCGAGACAUCAAUUCAACCAACAACAUCAAAAUCAACAGCAAAUUCAUCAUCAUCAACAACAGCAGCAAUUCCAUCAUCAAAGUCAACAACCUCAAGGUCAGCAUAGUUUCCGUCAAGAAGUUACGCCGCCUCCAUUGAUUCAAAAGCAAGUCACAAGUAGUUCAAACAUUGGUCCCUUGGCUCAUACAAUUGGGCAUUUGCCAGUUGAACAAAGACAACAGCAAUUUACAACAGCUCGUCCUGAAUUCCAACGUUUGCCGCCGCAGCAACAAGGAGGUUUCAAUAAUAAUGGACCUCAAAGAUUCCCACAGGAGAAUUUGAACUUUAACCAUCAUCAUCAGUUUGAAAGUCGACCAACGGUGAAUCAUAUUCCGCAAGGACAUCAACCUUUGAGGGUCCAUUCCGAAUCAGUUCCUCUUCGCAACCAAUUCACCGUUCCUUUCAACCAUCACGCCAUGGAGCCAUUACGUGAUCCCUCAGAGCCUCCAUUGUCUUCGUUCAUCGGAAAUCAAGGACAGGAACCUCGUCAUCCAUUCCCGAACUCUCUUCCAUUAUUGCAACGUCCCAAACCCGGUCAAAGUGUCUCGACAAAAUACUCGGAUUUGUUCCCUGCUGACUUCCCCGGAAACAAUCAACAGCAACAACAACAAAAGCAACAGCAUUUCCAACAAGGACCUUCGUCGCAUUUCUCGCAUCAACAAUCGCAUCACGGACAAGGUCAUUUCAUCCAAGCACAACCCUCGACGACAACGACAACAACUCAACGCCCCACGACGACCGAAGCUCCCAAACCUCCGAGCUCAACUCGUGACUACAGCGCCGAUUUGCCCGACGAAGUCCCCGAAGAUCUCCGCGAACAACUUUUAUCCUCCGGAAUUUUAGCAAAUGCGCAAAUCAGUGUCUUGGACUACGACAAAAUCGGAGAUACGUCACUUCAGGAUUUGCCUCCAGAGCAUCUUGCGAACUUCUUUAAUGCUGGCGGCGGCGCCCAACUUGCCGGUUCGGAGCAAUUUGAGACUGUUGUGAAGCCAAAUGGGGAAAAAGUUGCCGUUCAAUAUGCGCAAACGGUGAAAAAAGUGCAUCCGCAGUACAAAAAUGCCGAGAAAACGUUGCCGAAAAAGGAAAAGGUUGACUUGAAAGUUGUGCGUUUCGACUCAAAUGCCCAAAAGCAAACCGUUCCUAAGAAAUAUAUCGACCCAGAAUCGACAGUUUUGCCCACAGUUGACUUGAACGAUCAAAUUUACAACCGUUACUUGCCAUUGAAGAUCGACGGAGCGAAAUUCCCGAUACCAGAUGUCGCUGAAUUAGAAGGUCGUCGCAUCUCGAGCGUUGUUGUUCUUGCUCCCGUGGACAAUUCUGAGGUUGCUGAGGAACGAAGUGAACAAAUUGACGCCGAAGAAGUCACAAAAAAGCCGAUAAAGUUCAUCGCGGGCGACGCCUUGAAGCAAUUGAUCAAGAAACCCAUCACAGAAAACUUUCGAAGAUGGUUGGAGCAAGAAGGAAAGACCGAUGUUGACAUGCAAAGUGUCGUUUUGUUAGUCACCAAAAACUCCGACGGCGAACAAGAAAUUUUCAUGUACGACAUUGCCACAAAGAAAGUUAAUAAGCUCAGCGGGGAGCUUUCCAGCGCAUUUGUGAACGUCGCAGAAUCGAAUGCCACGACACAAGACAUCGAUGGAGCAGAUAUUCUCGACAGCGGAGUCGUCGAACAAGUCAAAUCAGACACGGAAGAAGAAACAACCGAAGAAAAUGUUCAAGAAACGGCACAAGAAGUUGCUCAAGAGAUCAUUCGUGAAGCCGCUUUAAGACAAGAAGAAGAAGAAAACCGCGAAGAAUAUGCCGAUAUGAAAGAUGUACCCGCUGAAUAUGACACCGACAUGGAUAUGGGCGACAUGGGCGAAGAUUCCUCAGCUGAGGGCUCGGAAAAUAUCGAAACUGUGGUCAAAUUCACGCCACCAAUUGAAACGGUAAAGAAAGACGAGGAGAAACAAGUUCACAAUCAAGUCAUGAUCAGUUCUGGAUACAGUGUGAUUAAGAGUUAA